AUGCCAUCGGCUCAGCUACUCCUGCUGCUCUGCUCCCUGGCUUUUGCCAGCGUCUUGGGGCAGCCAUUUCCAGAGGGUGGUGAGAAUGAGGAAGAGAGCCACCUGGGCGACAUCAUCCAAAGGGCAGAAAGCAUCAUCUUGAGAUCUAUUUUUAAGAAGGUAGAAGAUGAGGAUGAGGAUUCCAACAAAGAGCUGGGUGCUUCUCAGCUGGAUUGGAUGUCCAAAAGGCAGCACCCAGGGAAGCGAUCUCUAAAUGAUCUAGAGAAGAGGCAGCAUCCUGGAAAAAGAGAGGAGGAUAACGAAUUUGAUCAUGACCUAGAACUGCAGAAGAGGCAGCAUCCAGGCAGAAGGUCCCUGUGGGAACAAUACCUUGACAUCCCCAGCAGCCAGCUAGCAUAUCUGAAUGAACUAUCCAAGAGACAGCACCCUGGCAAGAGGUAUCUGGCUUACAGCAAACGGCAACAUCCUGGCAAAAGAAGCUGGGAUGAUGAGGUAGAAGAGGGUGAACUGAUCUUGGAGAGGCGACAGCAUCCAGGCAAGAGGAACCUGGCAUCAGAGAGUCUGGACUAUAAAGUCCCUUGCGACCCUCAGGAUUCCCUCGAGUGCAGCAAAAGCAGAUUGCUGCUAGAGUUGCUAGAUAACGUGAGCAAAGGUGGCAUAGAUGAGAAGCAGCAACAGCCUGGAAGGAGGUCUCCAUUGGAUGAGGAGGUGGAGGCCGAGGAGUGA